AGGGCGCGGCGCGGCCGGGGGGAGCGAGAUGCCUGUGACCGUGGGCCCGUACGGGCAAUCGCAGCCCAGCUGCUUUGACAGAGUAAAGAUGGGUUUCAUGAUGGGCUUUGCAGUGGGCAUGGCAGCAGGAGCGCUGUUUGGCACGUUUUCCUGCCUCAGGAUUGGCAUGAGAGGACGAGAGCUGAUGGGUGGAGUUGGCAAAACGAUGAUGCAAAGUGGUGGGACGUUUGGGACAUUCAUGGCUAUUGGUAUGGGAAUCCGCUGCUAACCUGGAGCUUGGGUUUUAACCCGGAGUGCCCCGGUCCAGCCAUUCCUCCUCUGUACCAUAAUAAAAUCUUUAGAUACCUGGAAGUGAGAGCUCUUCAUGAAAUGGUGAACCACCAUCCUCCUUGCUCUGCUGAUUGUAAACAUGCUUUUUACCAAAUUUCUACUUUCCUCCCAUCUCUUACUCCUGUGACAAUGAGAAUAAAUAAUCCUUUGUACUACAUUAAAGUUCCUAUUUCACAG